CCGUUAGAUGUCUGUUAAGUGGUGUGAGGAUAUGACCAAUCCAGACAGCGGAGACCAGCUGACUAACUCUGAUGAUUUCUGUGAUCGGAGCUUCUUCGAGGGAAAGAAAGUCCAACAAGAAACCGGGGAGGCUGGAUGGGGUCUCUUGACCCACAAGAUUCAUGUUAGCUUCAAGAGCUAAUCAAGGCCUCUGGAUUUGAGCGAAACUGGUCUGAAGAAGCCAACUGAUCCCCAAUAAGGUAGAGCAGGAUUUUACAUUGAAACAUGUGCAAAGUUCUUUGAGUAAGUUUAGAUUGAAACAUAUAAAAAAACCGCUGAGUUAUUGUUUUUGUUGUGGCCAUGGCACUGGCUUUGGUUGGAGGGGCUGCCAUAGGAGCACUCUUUGGAGCGCUGUAUGAUGUCGUUAAGGAAUCGAUGGGCAGGACUGUUUUGCAGUAUAAACCCCUCCUUGGAGAUCUUAAAUUCACUCUAGAAUCUCUACGGCCGCGCAUCGUCCAACAGAUAGGAGAUCAUAAUGUGGAGUUAGGCCUCCCGAACGACGAUAUCGAGAGCCUACAAAGACAAAUGGAGGAGGGCAUAGUGCUUGUUAGGAAGCUGUCAAAUAUUGGUAUGUGGAAUUGUUAUGCAUGGGGCAGCUGCUGCAACUGCACAAAGCCUAGUUACAGCGACCAACUUGUUGACUUGGAUAGGUCUCUUAGAAUACUGUUAGAGAUAUUGAAGCUGCAGGAAGCAAGGGAUGUGAAGGAGGUCUUGCUUUUGGCUAGGAAGAUCCAUGACAAACAAGAUGAAUUGGAAAGAAGAAUGUCAGAUUUGCUGAAAGUCCAGCAGGAAGCAGGGGAUGUGGGAGGGUCUUCAGGAAGCAACACAGGCACGACGAUACAGCAAGGAAACGAAGGGAAUGGAGGGCAUCAAGUGGCGCCAUUAGGCGGAGUAGGAGGGGCUGCUACUCUAGGAGCAGUGUUUGGAGUGUUGUUUGAUACCGUUGCGCGAGUGAAGGACAAGACUAUGAUGCUUAAACGCCCUCUCGAAGAUGUCAAAUCCACGCUAGACUCGUUAAAACCACUAAUAGAAGAAAUAGCAGCGUAUAACAAGGUAUUGAAUCUCCCAAAGGAGGAAUUAGAAAAGGUUAGCUUUCAAAUGGAAGAGGGUGUGGAGCUACUUCACAAGUGCUCCAAGGUUCGUCAGUGGACUAGCUGCAAAAGGUAUGAAUAUGCAAACAAACUUCUUGGAUUGGACGAAUCACUUCAACGAUUGUUAAAUAUAUUGAGAGUGCAAUUAGCAAGGGAUGUGAGGGAGAGCUUGGUUUCCGUAAGUAAAAUAGAGAAGGUGAUUGAUCAAAUUGAAGAGAGUGGUACGGUACAAUUACAGAAUCAUCCAACUGAAAUUGAAGAUUCAUGUGAUGUACUUGAACACCCACAGCCUGAAGUUGGAUUGAGUGUGCAGGGAACAAGGGAUGUGAAUGAGACAUUGGAUUCGGCAGCAAAAAUAGAGGUCGGUGUGAAGCGAAUCGAAGGUAGUGGAGAUGUACAAGGUCAAACUGACAUGGGAAUAGGUGAACCUAAGUUGCCUACACUUGAAGCUCCGGAUGCUGAAAAUGAGGUGACUGAAUAUGUACCUUCAAUGGUUACAAUUGGCUUGGAUGUGCUCUUGAGGGAGUUGAAGAGGGAGCUUCUUAAGGAUGAGGUGUCAGCGCUUGUGCUAACCGGGCCUCGGGGAUGCGGCAAAACCAAAUUGGCAAACAAAAUUUGUCAAGAUAAGGAAGUUACAGAUAUAUUCAAGAACAAUAUCUUCUUUGUUCGUGUUUCGAAAAGGCCCAACUUGAGAGUUAUUGUACGAAAGCUAUAUCAACAGAUUAAACACAAGGGUUCUCAGAUACCUGAGUUGCAAGAGGACACAAUUGCACUAAAGUGGCUGCAAGUAUUUCUUAAGGAAACAGGACAGCACCCUUCACUGUUGGUCCUGGAUGAUGUUUGGCCUGGAUCAGAACCCAUUCUUGACAAGUUUGAUAAUUUCAAAACAUCAAAUUACAAGAUUCUAGUGACAUCAAGAUCUGAAUUUCCGACAUUUGGUUCUCCAUAUUAUUUGCAAUCAAUUUAUGAUGAAGGCACCAUGACUCUUUCUCAUCAUUCCCGCGCAUACUCCUUUGAAUCGUUGGACGAUGAAGACUUGGUAUCUGUUUCUCCCGCACCUUCCUUCACAGCAAUGGAUGACGAUCCAACUGCUUACUUUCGUGAUUUCUCCACAUCCUACCUGGAAGACAAAAUCUCUCAUGUUUCAGAAGAUGCUUACCCUAUGGCUCAUUUUCAUGAUUCCUCUGCAUCCACCGCAAGAGAUAGAAGCUCUUAUGUUUCAAGGGAUGUUGGGACAAAGUUUCCUCUUGGCAAUCCUGUCAAGUCUACACAGACAUAUAUGCAGCAGAAGUUGGAACUGAAGGUGAGUGCUGAUGACAAAACAAUGAAGAAAGUCAUGAAAGCUGUCUGUGCCAUAAAGGGGGUUAGUUCGACCAGUUGGGAUGCGAAGAACCAAAAGCUAACAGUGGUAGGACAGUUGGAUCCAGCGCUAAUAGCGACUAAGUUGAGGAAGAUAGUUUCUAAAACAGAGGUGAUAUCAGUUGGCCCAGCCGAGGAAGAAAUAAAAGAAGAUAAGAAAGAGAGAAAUCUUACUAUGAAAGAGAAAAUGGAAGACAACAAAGAAGAAAAUAAAGAGAAAAUUUUUACUAGGAAAGAGAGAAGGUGAUAAAGGAUACUAUAAUCUUGUUUGUACCAUUGGGUACAGCCUGCAGCAUUUUGCGUGAAUUAAUUUCGGAUCAAGGACUCGGCAUCUUCGUACUGAUGAAAGGAACUAAACGAGCAAGCAUCCAAUGGUGCUUCUGCUUCAUAUGCCAAGAAUGUUAGAGUUUUAUGAUCAGAUACGUACGGUUUUGAUCGAUGCUGUAAAGGUUCAGAAAGGUAGGUAGGGUUCCAGUCCUGAUUGUAUGGUUCAUGAAGUAGCUCAGCAAUGAACUCUGCUAUCUCGUAUAAAUAGAAAACUUUUAGUUUGCCAAGCAUUUGUUCCUUGUCUGAGUUGUCUCUUGUGGACAAAUUCCAAAGAAAGGGUACACAGCAAAACAGAAAAUAGUUAACUGGUGUACUUCCUGCUAGGGUGUUUUUAAUUUCCUUUUGUUCUAUAAUAUUCAUUUGAUUCUUGUCAUUUUUUAACUUUUGUAAAUCCAUUUGCUUUUAGGUUUAUAUCUGCUGUGAUUA